AUGAAAGCCUUGAUUCAGUGCUGCUCCUUCUCAUCAUCAAGGCAUUUGGUAAAACGAUGCACUCUCUUCAAACAAGUCUCUAACCAAACAAAACUAUUCAAUCAACCCUCUUUGAUUAUUUUUCAAAAUAUCUUUGGAGUAUCUCUAAACAAGGCAUUUCAUGUUUCAAAAAUCGGAAAGAAUUCAGAUGACAAAGAUUCCGAAUUAGCACUGAGAGAGGAAUAUUAUUCUAAUAGAGUAAUUCAAUCUAUGGAGGAAUUACAAUUUUGUGAAAUAUCGGAAUAUGAUGAAUGUAAUGAAAUAAUUAGGAGUACAAAUCUUAACAAUAAUAUGGACUCGAAAAGAAGGAAUUUGUACAUCAAUGCCUUGCUACGAAGAUGUUUUAUUGAACUUUAUUAUUUAAAGAAUUAUCAACAGGCCAAAGAAGAUUUGGUUGCAGCUUCAGAAUUGUUGAUUGAUAAUGGUAACGCCCUGAUGUUUACUUCUCGAUUAAAUUCAAUGAUUAAUAUUGGGGAAUUUUCAGAGAAAAUUGAGCAUAUACAAAAACACGGAGGAAAUUUCCAUGAGCUCAUUCCAAGUUUAGAGAUGAGAGCUCAUGAAUACACCAGUAUCGGUCGAGUAAAAUCCGCAAUUCAAGAUUUAGAUGCAUUGAUUGAGAUUUUGGAAAAGCAUUAUAAAAACCAUCCCGAAGAUGCAAUCAGAAUAGAACCACAACUGAUAAACGUGUAUAAACAAAGAAUGGAGCUCUACACAAACAUCAAAAUGGAAAUGGAGCGAUUAUAUGAUGUGGCUUCAGAGAUCAAAAACCUCCUGAAUGCUGACAGCCCCAAAGAAGUCAUUGAACAUUAUUUCAACUCUGUGUCCGUGCAUGAUCGAAGACACAAAAUUAAUGCCUCAAAUAUGGACCUUAUUUCAGAGUUCGAGAAUGUUUUUGUGAAGGAAGAUGAAAGAGAAAGGUAUUGGGACGUAACAAACCCUAAAACAUUUCGCAGUCAAAUGACAACUCUGUAUGGACAGGUCGUCCCAAAAGUUGUUCAAGUUGUAGUGAACGAUUUGAAAAGAGCUAAAAAACUGGCAAGAGACAAGAACAGUCACGAACACUUAUUUUCAGAAUACGAGCUGCUCAUCAAAGAUGACGUUAAGAAAAUGCGGGAUAUGAAGAUUACGAAAUUCUUGUGGAUGGUUGUUUUGAUAUCAAUUUUAACCAUAAUUUUGCUUGAGAAGAUUGGGAUUGUUGAGAUACGAAAAAAGUAA